UGGACUUUCAAAUAUACCUAAUUUAGCAUUUUCUAAACAUUUAUAUAAUUCUUUCAUAAACUGGUUUUGUAUUAAAUAUGGAGAAAAGGGAAAAGGAAAUUCUUCAAUAGAUUGCAUAUUAUUUUGUGUUAUGAUAAUAUAUUCUAUCGAUAUCACGAUAGAAUAAACAGUAUUAAUAAGAAGUGUAUCUUGAAGAAUCACGUGUUCAAGAAUAAUUAAAAGAUAUAAAAUGAUCAUCCGAAAAAAAAUUUGGCCUCGUACGUUGAGUGAUUUUUUUUCUAUGACUUUUAUAUUAACAAUUGUACCAAUAAUAUAUUGGUUUGAAUUAUGGGUAGUGCUACCAGCAAUAUAUGAAUAUGGAUCAUUAUCAUAUAUUUUGCAUUUCUUUUUUGGAAAUUUUAUUAUGUUAAACAUAGUCGGAAAUUUUACAUAUAUAGUUUUUUGUGAUACUAGCACCAGAAGAGAUAUUAUGCCAAUAAGUGCUGCAAAUACAAAAAAUGGUUGGAGACUGUGUGCUUUAUGUGAAACUCUAGCACCUCCUCGUUCAUGGCAUUGUUCUAUAUGUAAUAUUUGUAUUUUAAAAAGAGAUCAUCAUUGUAUUUUUACUGGAUGUUGCAUUGGUCAUUUUAAUCAUAGAUAUUUUAUUAUGUUUCUUUUAUAUUUAUUUAUAGCAACAACAUAUAGUUUUUGUUAUAAUAAUUUGUUUAUUUGGAAUAGAAUACAUUUUGAAUUUCCUAUAUCACUUAUUAAAAUUAUCUUUCCUAUAGCAAUAUUUAUUUUUGGAUUUGAUGGUUCUAUAAAUCAGUUUUAUUUGAUUUUAUAUAUUAUAUCUACAGUAGGAAUGUUAUAUACUGGAGUUUUGUGGAUUUAUCAUAUUUGUUUAGUGUUUAAAGGUAAUGUAGCUAAUGAGAAUAAUAAGAAAAUACAUAUAUAUGAUUUAGGUUGGAAGCAAAAUAUAAAGGAAGUAUUAGGUGACCGAUGGUAUCUUACAUGGAUACUUCCUUAUAUAAAAUCUCAAUUACCACAUAAUGGUGUAAUAUGGGAUACAUCAAACUCAUGGUUUUAUACGAAUUCUAAAUGGAAAUAAAUAUAGAUUAUAUAAAUAUUUUAUGAAUAUUUCAUAAAUAUUUCAUAUUUUUAAAUUAUAAUUAAAUAUAAUAAUAAAAUUAUAAUUAAAAAAAUUAAUAAAUUUGUA